AGAUUCUAAUGUUUUUUGUACAACGAACAAAUAAAUAAGAAUAUAAAUAUAUGAUUACGUAACCACGGAAAAAGACAAGAUUUAUAAAAAAAAAAAAUUUCAUUGCAGUGAUUAGGUAACUCAUAUAAUGCAACUAAUGAGUAAACAAAAUUAUUUUAAUCUUUUCAUUGCUGUAUCUCGUUUGAAGAUCAAUGACCCAGAUGAUCCUGAAUAUAGGCAACCAGAUCGGGAUCUCGGAGUCAGUAUCACAAUUGAAUUGUUAUUCUCUUGAAAGAAAAAAAGAAAUUUUUCAUGUUAUUGAUAUUCAUAUAAGGAGAAAAGAAGUGUAAAGAAAAUUGGAAUAAAACGUGCAUUAACGUGAAAGUAUUAAGGGAUCCGAUGUCAAAGUAGAAGUUAGUUAAGAAUAGGAAGGAUUUUUUAAUGAAUGAACUUGAAAACCUUCAUCAGUUCAUAGACAUUCGUCUGGAACAUCAUGCAAGCACCGCUACACGUCAUAUUCUUUUUCAUAUUUGUUCUAAAUGAACAAUUAGCGGAAGAAAUUUGGGAGCAAGAUUUGUCCAUGGACAUGCAAAUUGGUGCUUCCACAGAAGGAUAUGAUCAGAUUGCCCUACAUUGUGGGGUAGAAAAAAUGAUAGUGGAGUUGCAAACAUCAAAAAAUUUUUCAGGAGUAAUUUACACACAAGGUAGCUUCUAUUCCAGACAAUCUACUUGUUUCUUGGAUCCUGAUCAAGGCAGAAGCUUUACUAUGAGCAUUCCCUUUAAUCAAUGUAACACAAAAAAUGUUGAUAAUAGAUAUAGGAAUACACUGAUCCUCCAGCAUGAUGAUGAUUUGAUUACUCCUGGUGAUGCUGCUUUUGUACUGGAAUGUAACUUUUUUAACUCCAGAGAUCUCACAAUUUCAGCAAAAAUAAGUGAAGCUGAGAAAAAAAAAGUAAAAUCAAGUAUAUCUUUGGUAGAUGCUGAUCCAGGAAGAGAUAAAACAAAGAGAUUUGAGUAUGUGGUAAGCGACACCAAUGAAGUUAUCUUUGUGCCCAGUUCAGUUGCCAAGAUCAACGACGAGUUAUAAAGCAUUGUCCAAUACAUAAUACUAUGUAAUAAAACUUUUUAUAUUUCAUUUUUACUCAAAACUAUCUAGAACCUAAUUAGAACCUAAAUACUUCGAUUUCAUUAGAAAUUUUUUUGUUUCCUUCUGCAAAAAUCCUAUCGUAACAGAUAAUAUUUUAAGUCUCAGCCUUCAGAAAAAUUACACUAUAUUCUAUAUUUAAAUGAAGUUUACGAAUCAUGAAACGGGUCUACGCAACAAAAUUUUUCCGCUGCGAUGACUACUGAUUAUCAGUAAUAUUAGUUUGCUGCAAACGCGAUAUAAUUUCAUCGUUUGAAUAAUAUGCUAGCUUGAUAACCUUCUACCCUAAGAAUUAGGGAUCAUCAUUAAUUUUGUUUAUAUAGUAUCAUAAUAUAUUGAUGUGAAUUUUACAACAGAAUCACAUAAUUUAUUGUUCUCUUCUUCUUAUUGUCAUUGCAUGCUUCAUAAAUAAUUUUUUUACAAAUUCCAAAAUUACUUUUUUUGAAAACAUCUUUUGUUUUUUCUGAAUAAUUUAGUUAGUGUCACUUUUGGAAUAUGCAAAAUGUAUGUAUAUACAUAGAGAAAUGAUUGGAUGAAACGUUAAACGAUUUCUUCAAUUCAUAUUCAAUGAAGACAUUCAGGAGUUUUCUCGAUGGUAUCCAGCAAAUUAUUUUAAUGAAUUGCUCGAAAACUCUAGAGCCAUAUGAAUGAGAGACGUUAUUUAAUCGAAUAAUUAACUAGAUUGGAUAAAUUCGUGUCAGCUUGAUGAAUAUCUUAAUGGAAUCAAUAUUUCAACUAUAACUAUUUUAUCAAUUCGCACUAUGUAUACAUUAAGGCCUGCUUAUUUUACAAUAAUUUUCUGCUAUUUAUUGAAAUUAUCUGUGAGUGGCUAGAUUCUUUUUAUUUUUCAAGAUUUUUUUUAUUAUUUUACAGACUAAUCUUAAAAAAAUUUAACUUAAAUUUAUGGAGCUAAUUUAUAUUUAAUUUACGAAGCUAAGUUUUAUAAAUCAGUUUUUUAAUUAUUUUAAGAUCUAAUGUUGGUAGAUUAAUUUUCGAAUUUAAUUUUUUUAUUAUAUAUGUAAUUUUUGUGAUCUAAUUAUCUGAUUUUUGAUUAACAGUUAAAGACAUGAGAUUUUGAAAAUGAGAGAUUUGAGAACGUCCAAAAUUUUGAAACUUUAUCAUAGACAGAUCUCCAUUACAAAUUUAUAGAUUCUGAAUAGUCCAAAUUCAUUUUCAAAAUUCUCCAAAUCCUUAUGAAAUUUAUCCUCAACAGUAAAAAAAUUUUUCAAUCACCUAUAUAUAAUAUUAACUGCUUUUAUUCAAUAAAAAUUUAUAAAGAAACUUCUCCAUCUAUAGAAAUCUAAAUCCUACCUAAAUAUGCUUUCUUAAUAAGAAUUUUUCUUACUGCUACUCAACUAUUUCUAAGCUCUAAACGGUUCAAACCAUUUUCUUCAGUGAAAAAUGCUUCAGCUGAAAAAUGUUAAGAUAAUACGGUUUAUCUAAAGACGUUUUCCACGAACAAACAUGCCUCCAGUAAUUUUUCCACCAAUCAAAAAUUUCACACCAAUAAACAAACGUUACAAUCGUAUGUGAAAAGUCGAUGGAUUUUAUCGUUUGAAGGCUCGCUCUAACCAUGGUUUUUUCUCUCGUGUGGUAUAAUUUACGUCACACCUAAUCGUACACGUCUCUCCCCACUAUUGUUGGUCAGCUCGUUUACAUACAUAUAUAAUAGGCCGGACAAAUACGAUUGACUAAUGUUUUACUCACUUAGUGAAUAUUUCACAUUUCUGACAAGGCAGAAUGGCAACCGCCAAGUUCAAAAGUGUUUCACCAUACACGCAACGACCAUCGCCUCCGCCGCAGGAUUAUCUUUAUAAAAAGUAUCUAGAAGAUCUAUCACUGAAGAAAGAUGUACGUCAUCCUAAAGUGAGACUUGCCCUGUUUGGAGUUGGUCGUGCUGGAACCAUUCAUUUGAGCAACAUAAUUUCCAAUCCACGUGUGAAAUUAUUGUACAUUGUAGACGAUAUCGAAUCCAAUUGGGCGAAUCUUAAGGACUAUUGGCACCUUGACGAUGUCCUUUUAUUGAACAGCAAACAAGUGGACAGAGUAUACAACGAUCCCAAUGUGGACGCAGUUGUCGUUGCUUCGCCAACGUUCACGCACGAGGGAAUUGUAAGGAGAGCUUUAGAGGUGAAAAAGGCGGUAUUCUGUGAGAAACCAAUUGCCGAGGACACCGCCAAUUCGAUCAAAUGCUACGAGACCGCCAGGAAGAUCGGCAAACCUUUGUUCUGCGCCUUCAACAGACGAUUCGAUCCCAGCUACUCCGCAGUCAGGGACAGAGUGAGGAAUGGAGAAGUUGGACACGUUCACGUUAUCAAAACAGUCUCCCGUGAUUCUCCUCUUCCUAGCAUCGACUAUCUGAAAAUCUCCGGGGGUAUAUUCCAUGACUGCAUGGUCCAUGAUUUUGACAUCAUAACUUGGAUCCUUGGCGAAUAUCCCGUUAAGGUUUCAGCCCAUGCACAUGCACAUAUUCCAGAGAUCAAAGCAAUCGGUGACCACGACACAGUUGUAGUCACGCUGUACUUCCCAUCAGGAACUUUGGGGAUGGUCGACAUAUCACGAAACAGUUCCUAUGGUUACGACCAACGUCUCGAGGUGUUUGGUCCUAAGGGUAUGAUUAGGGCAGACAACGAACAGCCAAUACAUUGUGUCACCACCCAGUACGACCAGGAAGGAAUAAACAGCGCACCAAUCUGGUAUUCGUUCGCCAGCAGAUUCAUGAAUGGCUAUCGUCGUGAGCUGGACCACUUUGUCGACGUUGUACUUGGUAGAGCCGAAUCUUCUGUUCAGCCCAAAGAAACUCUAGCUGUAAUUAAAAUUGCGACUGCGUGCCAAGAAUCAGCUCGCACUGGUAAAAUAGUGGACAUAACAUGGGCACCAAACGAGCUGCCCUAAAUGAAACUAAUACGUUUGGCGAAUUUCUAUCGUUUACAUGACAUUCCAUCAUUUUAUAAACUGCACAAUCGUGGCACAUUGGCGAUCCUCUCUCGUGAGAUGAGGGAAGGCUGAAAUUAUUUUCGUUGAAUUGCAACGCGCGAGUGAAAAGACCUAGGUGAAUUUUGCUUGUUACACAUUCUUUUUUUCUCUCCUUUUUUUUUUUUCUUUAUCUUUUCUAGUAUAUUCUUUUUAUAGUAAUAUAAAGAAAAUACAGAAAAAUACCAUAUACCCUAAAUAGAUAGUAAUGAUACGAAAUUCACGUUGUCUGUUGCAGACACGUUCAUAAAUGUUUGUAAAAACGGAACAAUAAAAAUUCCCACAAGUUUAUUCGUAUCUCUUUUCUCUUUCCCGUUGAAAUAAAAAAUAUAAGAAAUAAUGGAAAAUUCUUUAUAGAUUCGUCGAUACGUCAAUGCGAUUCUUUUUACGUUACAAAAUCAUUUUUCUCUUUUUUUUCUUUUUGCUUUUAAAAGUCAUACAGUUACAGAGGAGGAACUAAUAUAUUCACGCAAGGAGGUAUCGCAAGCUGAUUUUUGGUCGCGAAGCUCGAAAUGUCCGUGAAAUCGUGCGAUAUAUCUCUUCAAUUGAAAGAUUAUUCUCUUAGGUGUCUUUCUUUAUCUAAUCUAAAAAAGUUUUGUAGAACAUCUACAAAUGUGACACAACUUUCAUGUGUACAUAACCUUUAUGAAAGACAAUAAGCUGCAUCACUAACUCAGAACUUGAUUCUUAAUCCAUCUUAUAUUUAUUCCUAAAUUCAUGUAUUGCGGUAGUAAAUAGAUUAGGUUAUCAGAGCAUGUUGACAUCCACUUAAAACUCGACAGAUUCGAUUCCAUGUAUCUAUCAAAAAAAAAAAAAUAAUAAAAAAAAAUACAAAAUCGGAGAAGAA